GGGAAAUGAUGUCAUUAUGGCCAGCUGACUGCUUUAAAAGCUAUGUACGGUUUCAGAUCAUACAAUUUGACCAGUAGGAUUCCUGCACAACCUGUGCGUGGUUCAAACAUGCCUUCACUGAGACCACAACCACCGUCUAGACUGAGACCACAGCCACCGUCGACAAUGCGACCUCAACCACCUUGUAGACUGAGACCACAACCACCAUCUACACUGCGACCUCCUCAACCACCUUCUAGGCUGAGACAACAACCACCGCCUCAACGACGCCCAGGAGGCAUUGCGACGAUGAGGGAACCCACUCGCCAGAACAAAAUUAUGAUAAAUGAAAAGUCCCGGAUGUCCAGCCGAGGGCAGUGUGUCAAGCUUCCUCCUAUCCCCGGCUCUUCCCGAGAUGACUGCUCAGACCUCAGCCAGAGCUUCGAGAGAGUCCUCCGCCACCAAGAUAACCUCAUUAAGAACAUGGUGGAUGAGCUGUCUGAGAGGGACCAACGGCGGUCAGAGCUGGCAAGCAGUUCUCGUCUGCAGGUGGACAGUCUGUUAGAGCGUCAUGUGGUUCGGCUGGAAGAACUAGCGUUCGACUUCAACAACAAACUCGAAGAACUUUGCUCAGAGUAUUAUACUGAGAGGGAGCUGAUUCUUUCAGAGCAGCUGCAGGAGAUUGUGAAUUUGGAGAAGGCAAUAUUUUCCAUGGAAAAGCACUACGCUGAGAUUGAGGAUGAGGCGAGACGUGACUAUAAGAGCAGUCGCGAACAAAUUAAAAAAAAGCACAAAGAGGAAUAUCAAAAUUUGAAAAAACAAACGGACGAGGUUUUGAAAAAAAGGCGACGAGAGAGAAGAGUGCAUCUGUGACCAGGAGAAAAAAGAAUACGACUCUCUGCUCCUCGAGGUUGAGUAGGGAGAUAAAGAGACUGAGGCCUAUCAACAGCGCAUUCAGAAAUUGGAGCCCAGACAAAAAUUCUGUUGUUUUUUUUUUACUACUUUUUUCUUUCAAUUGUGAUAUUUUAUUAUUUUGAUGAUUUUAUUGCAAUUUAAACUGUACAAAACUUCGUUACUUCAUUCAGACCGUGACAAGAUCGCCCAGUCAACACCGCAGAGUCCAAAUGAGGGCAGACCGAAACAGCAGCUCACUAAACCUACCAUUCAAAGCAACAAUGCUGUUAAAAAACUACAGGAGACAACAGCUCUGGGACAGAAGAACACGCGUGUGUUUAUCCGGUGGAGAGAGGCUCAUGAUGCUGAAUGCUUUCAUCAAAGGCUUUGAAGCUUUUGUGGUGGAGCAGGACCUGCAAGGAAAGAUGAUGGCAGCAUUUGUUUUAGGGAUUUUACUCAAAUAUAAAGAUCUGAAAUGUCUGCAGACUGCUGUGAGCACUGAGGAUGAGGAGCCCAGAGCUGCAUCCUAGAAGUGGUGCCAUGGAUGAGACCCUCUAUCGCUCCACCUGCCUUUACGAGACCCUCUAUCUCUCCACCUGCCCUUAUUGCCUCAUAUUGUGAAGCACAGCGCAGCAACAAGCUCUGGGACGAAGGCACGGUCACCUCUGGUGAAUUCAUCAGAAUAAAGCCGCAGAAUGGGAACCGCUGUGUUGAGUCGGCAGUAGGAUGUGGUGUUCAGCGCCUGUAAAUACAUGUUUGUAGUUUGAAUAAAGCUUUGUUUCAUGUGUU